AUGGAGCAGAGGCGGAGAUCGUCAAGUUCCUGGGAGCAACCGUUCACAUCAACAAAGCACAUCAACGCCACUACUUCUUCAGGAAGCUCAGGAAGUUUGGAAUCUCCAGGAGGGCUCUUCCUACUUUUUAGAAACGGGCAGUGGGAAGUAUUCCCUCCCUGGAUGCGUCACGGUUUGACCCCCCCCAGGGAAUUUGUUCAUCCUUCACUUCAAGUCUAUCUCAAUUCAUGGGCAACAUGGGGGUGGGAGGAAUCCUCCAAUAUCCCGGCGUGCAACCUGCUCCAGGACUGGGGGACUACAAAUCCCAGCGUGCCCCCCCCAUCCACGGGUGGGAGGAGGACUCCUCCGCCAUCCCGGCAUGCAAAGCGUCCGACCGGGCCAAUUGACAACACCUCCCGCCAGCGUGGGAGGAGUCGGGGGUGGUGGUCCUCCAGUUUCCCGGCGGGCACCAGGGACUACAACACCCGGCAGGCAGCGCACAGCAGGGACUACAACACCCGGCAGGCAGCGCGGCGGCAAUCGAAAGUCGGCGUGAGGGAGGAUCCUCCGAGCCUCCCGGGGUGGGCGGGGCUAGGAGGGAAGGGCGGUCCUCCGGCGUCCCGGCGUGCAGUGAGAGGUGAGGGGUUGCAGGAGGACUACAAGUCCCGGCGGUCAGUGCGCGCUGGCCCGGUCCCGGAGCCGGGCGCCAUGUCGCUGGUGGAUUACUGCAGCAGCAGCGGGAGCGGCGGGAGCAGCGAGGCCGAGGAUGAGGAGGCCGGCCCCAGGGACAGGGAUAGCGGCUACCGACACACACCCACCGUCGCCGCCGUCAGGCCCCGGGCUGCGGCCGCCAGGAAACGCGGGGGAGGCACCGAGACCGUCCGCAUCCCCGCCCCCGACAUCGUCCAGUCCGACUCUGACGAUGACGAUGAGCCGCUACAGAAGAGGACCAGUCAGGCCUCUGGGUCGGGCGUGGGUCUCUCAGCCUUGCUCCCACAGCCCCAGAGCCUGUCCCUGAAGGAGGGGGACCACCCGCUCCAGCCUUACCCCUUCACCAAAGGUCAGAGGGCAGCAGCGCCCGGCAACAGGCAGCCCACCGUGACCACCAGCCCCUCGCCGUCGGCCAUCAAGGCAGCCUCGAAGAACGCCGCCCGCCAACUCGCCCGCCACAUCAUGAACGAGGAGGCGAGUGAGGAGGAGGGGGGCAGGGAGGAGGGCGAGGAGGAGGGCGAUGAGGAGGAGGAGGAGGAUGACGAGGCGAGGAGGGGAGAGGGGGAGCAGCUCAGCUUCUUCACGCUGUCGGACAGCAGGAGCGAACCCCCAGGGGUUCACCCACCAGCGGGCGAGGGCACAGCCCCCACCCCGGCGCCAGAACUCCCCCUCAACCCGGCCGACGCCCCGCUGGAGUUCAACCGCAGCGGCACCGCCGCCCCGGCACAGGGGGUCAGCGAGGGAGUCUUCCCACCCUGCCCCGGGAGCCAGUACCCUGCCGAGUUCACCGGGAGUGCUGCCGAGCCU